AUGGCAGCGGAUUCCCGGUCGGCGUCAGGACUUUUGAUUCGAAUGGGAGUGCUGGCGCUGCAAGGCUCCGUUCGCGAGCACAUUGCAGCUCGGCGCGCUGCAGGAGUUCGCAGCCUCUGGGCGGCCGGUGUGGGGGACGUGCGCCGGACUCAUAUUCCUGGCCAACAAGGCGCUAGAUGCGUGAGGGGAGAGAAAAUGGGAGGGGGAGAAUUGGUGGGGAGGUGGGGGAGAUGGGUGAUGGAGAAGGGAUGGGAAGAGGGGAUGGGAUGGGUGGCGCUGCUGCGGGUGGCACCGUGCACUAGAAUGUCUCUGGCAGUCAGAUCAACAGCUCUCUUCCUUCACCCCACCUCCACAGCAGCACUACCAUCAGAACCAUCAGCACCAUCAGCACCAUCAGCACCAUCAGCAGCAGCAGCAUCACCAGCAGCGUCACCCACACCUCCCCACCCCUGCCAUCAUCCACUUCCCAACCGUGCUGUUGAGGUGCUGACGGAAUACCCCCUUCUCAACCGUGCCUCUGCUGUCGCCACACCUGCUGCCCCAGCCGCACCUGCAGACACUGGUUCGGGCGAGCGUGCAGACGCUGCUUCGGCCGUGCCUGUCCAGAGCGGCCAGGAGCUUUCCGAAGCUGACAUUUUGGGGAAGGUGAAUUUUGAGUUGGAACUGCAUUGGACCGAGUGGCAGUGGCGGUGCGGCAGGGCAGGUUGUUGGCCACAGCAUUCCACCCAGAGCUCACAGGCGACCUCAGAUGGUGAGAGCUCACAGGCGACCUCAGAUGGUGAGAGCUCACAGGCGACCUCAGAUGGUGAGAGCUCACAGGCGACCUCAGAUGGCACCGCGUUGUUCCUUCAGAUGAUUCUUGACGCUUUCCAGUCCUCCAAGUAUCCUUCAGAUGAUACUUGA